AUGAUAACAUAAAUCAAAUUGACUAAUACAUCAAAUGUGUCAAAAUUCAAAGAUGGCAUUAAAGUUAUUAGGAAGGAGUUAGGAGAAAUGAACAACUGCAUUGAGUCGAUAGAUAAAGAUUUUUUCUCAAAAGCUUCGAAAUCUCUCGAAGUCAAAUCUAAUUAUUUCAAUGCACUAGAAUCAGUAAAACAAUUUAAAGAAGUUAAAAGAGUAGUAGAGAGGGUAAAAAAGAUUGAAACUUUGAUUUCUAAAGAUAUACUCAGUGUUGCUUUCCAUGAAAUGGAUCUUCUAAAGCAAGAAGUUUUAGAUGAAAAAAUGCCUACAAAGUUAAAGGAAUGGUUAUGGUCAAGAAUCUAAACACUUGAUGAUAAGAUAAUAAGGCUUUUAUAAAAGCUCAAGACUAAGAUUUUAGCUGAUCUUGAGGAUCAGGAGAUAAGCGCAGGAACUUAGGUUUUAGAUGAAGUUAAGAGAUUCGUACAAAUUUUAGGAAAAUAAUUUAUGCUCGAGAGUGACAUGGAUAAUAGAGAACUCAGUCAUGGUCAAACAGUAUAUACUAAAAAUGGAAAUAAUAAUAAUGGUAAUAAUUCAGCAGCUUAAUAUAUGAAUAUGAAGAGAAGCUAAGUAGGCUUCUCCUUUUAUAAAAGUGGAAUGGGGGCGCUAGGGGGUAUGUAGCCGAAAUUUCAAGAUAGAUCAAGCUUGGCAUAGAUUGCUUUUUCCAGAAUUGGAAACUUACCUAAAUAUGAUACUCCCAGAAAUGGGGCAAGCCCAGGUGGCUUUAGUCAAGUUUUAUCGCCAGGGCAAAUUAGUGAAAGGGACAAUACAGCUUAAUAUUCUGCAAUUUAUUCUUUAGAAGCUAUAUAAAAGUAAGCAGUGGUUACUUAAGAUAUUAUGAUUGAUAUUGAUUUUGCAAAGAUUGAUAGUGUCAGGAAGUUGUUCUCUAAUAUAGAACAAGAAAAUUAGUUUAUUAAUUUUAUUUAAAAUGAAAGAAUUCAGAGAAUACUUAAGUUAUCUAAGCUACCAAGAAGUAAAUAAGUACUGCAUUUAAUUUUUUUAGAAACAAAUGUUGAGGAAAGUCUGGCAAGAUUACUAGGAUUCUUUGUUGUAUAGAUUCAUCUAACUUUUAAUCUUUCCAACAUAUUUCAUCCCAAUACUCUUCAGACAUAUUGGGAGAAUUGCCUAUUAUAAAUGCAAAAAAGCUUGGAAUCUAUUGUAAUGGAUUACGAUUAUUAGCCAAUCAUUCAGACAAAAAAGGAAAUAGUUAACUUUGUCCUUGGAAUGAGAGAUCUAGGGAUUGCCCAAGAUUUAUCGUUUUUAAAUACUUUGAUUAAACUUCAUGAUGUUUUCAUAGACAAAUUACUAUCAGGUCUUGAGAAAUAAAUUGAUGAUAUCUUGGAAUAUGAGAAUUAUGAGUAAAUUUCAGUUAAGAAUUCUGAAGAACUUUUUAAAACAGUCGAUAAGUAUGAAUUAGAUUUAUCCAAGUACUUUGGAAUGAAUCAGAACAUGCAACUUUCAUAUCCAGUUUUACUACCAUACUCUAGUUCUGUAGUAAAACUUAAUGAUCUAGUAGAGAAAUUCCUCCAGGACAACUUCUUAUAUUGGCAGUUCUUAUUAGCAGACAAAGCAGACUUUACGAUUGCUUACUCUUCGUGUGACAGGAUACUAUGUAGAACAAUUGAGCUAUUAUCAGAACAUUUCUUCCAUAAAAACAAGUUCACUAUACUCCAAAGAGCAUAGUUUUGUUCCAAUUUACAUUAUUUCUUAUAAAGUUUUGGCUUCUUUAAGAAGAUCGUUUUCCAGCUAGCCAACUAAGGAGCAUACAACUUUAAUAAAGAUAUUUAUGGAUUCUAAUUUAGUUCUGAAAACAUAAUGAACCAUUUUAAAAUCAAAUGUGAAGAGUCUAUAUUUACAGAGUUGAGAUAAAAAAUAAAUGAUUUUCUCAGUAUUUUUGAGGGAUUACCAUGGAGACCGAAGAAGCCAGAUGGAAAUAAUCAUGAAUUCGUGGAAGAUCUUGUUUUAUUUCUAAGAUCAACUAUAGUGAAUCUCGAUUAUCAAAAUAAGGAGCUUGCCAAGCAAUGUUACCUAACUACAUUUCAGCAUCUUUCAGCAAGAAUUACAGAAGUGUUAGCUAAUUCAAAGACAAUAAGCUAGAUUAACUAAGCUGGGUUUAUUAAUCUAUACUAAGAUUACUUAUACUUGACAAAGUUUGCAAAGGAAUAAAUGGUUGAUAAUCAGUAGAUGUUUGAAAUAGGAAUGGGAGAACUUCAGCAGCUGAUUAGCUUAUUUACUGAGAGUUAAGUUGAACUGGGUGUGAAAGAGAUACUAGAUGAUGAUUUAUACAGAAAGAAAUACUCAAAAAUAAACCUUCGAAAGUUAGUAUUGAUCUUAGAAAAGUUUAAAGAUGACAAAGUUUCACUAGGAUCAACAUAAAAUGAGGAAAUAGAAAAAAUAAUUUAAAAGCUUCCUAAAAUCAAGAAAAGCGAUGCUCAGAGUGUUGCUAAGAAGCUAAGGGAAUCCAUAAAUUUCCAAAAGUGA